AUGCAGCAACGUCGAGAUGAAAUCCUAGCAAAGAAGGCCAAGCUUGCUGAGCUCAAGCGCCAAAGAGAGCUUCGGGCAAACGCUGCGACUGCAGGUCGUGCGAGUUUAAUAUCGCCAACCCCUGGAAGAGCAGACAACCGCCGCGAGAUCGAAACCCUCAUUAAUAGUCUUGUCGGUGAUAGCAGGCCUGGCUCAGCAGUCACAGGAGGGCCUGGCUCUCCCGCUCCUCGUGGUAGUCGCCCGAACAGCGUCCUUAGCGCUGGCGAGAUUAGCAACGAACCUUCCGAAGUUACCACCAUUAGCAACAUUCAGAUUCCCGCUCAGCCGCCCCCGAGUCUUAGUACCGCUCCGCUCCUCACCGUCUUCGAAUGUCCACCAUCUCCAGUAAAGGAGGUUUUCUCAUACAGCAAAGGUGUCCAGACCACCGAGGAGUGGACAACUCCUACCAGAACCAGAGCACAGUCUCUCAUUUCGGAGGCCGAAGAUGUUCCCGCCGUAACUUCGACGCCCGGCAAGAGGCUGAGCAGGAGAGAGCGAGAUCGAGAAGAGGAACUCCGACAAAAGAUCAGAGAAGAGGUUGAAGAGGAACUACGGGCGACAAAGGAAUUCUUGAGCGACGGCGUCGUUCCGUCCGCUGUCAGUCAACCUGCGAGAAACUGGACCACUGAGGAGCUCGAUGCUGUUGCGCAAUCGGACGACUUCUUUGACUUCCUUGAGAAGUCCACAAAGGUCAUCGAACGGGCUCUUGACCAAGAGACGUACGAUAUCCUUACAGAUUACGCUCUACAAGGCCAAGACGUAGACGAUGAUGAUGAGGACAGCGGAAAUACGGGCGGCAAAGGGCGACACAGAAUAAAGGAAGUGGCUCAAUUCUAUGACGAGCGAUGGUCUAAGAAGCGCAUGAUCAGUGGAAUCGACUUCUCGCCCAAAUUCAACGAGCUGCUUCUCGCUUCUUACACCAAGAACCCGACGGCCCCUCAUGAACCGGAUGGUUUGGUCCAAGUCUGGAACAUGCACAUGCAAGAUCGUCCGGAAUACGUUUUCACUGCGCAGUCGGAUAUUCUCACUGCCAAGUUCUCUCCUUACCACAACAAUCUGAUCAUUGGUGGCUCAUACAGUGGCCAGGUGUUGCUAUGGGAUACGAGAGCAAAGGCGGCACCAGUGCAAAAGACUCCCUUGACAGGUUACGGCCAUGCUCAUCCUAUUUACUCUGUUGAUAUUGUUGGUACUCAAAACGCCAAUAAUAUCAUAUCUUGCUCCACCGAUGGUGUGGUUUGCGGUUGGACAAUGGACGUCUUUGCACAGCCCCAGGAACUUCUUGAAUUGAAGAAUCCUAGUCAGGCCAAGGUGGCUGUCGAAGACGUGAGUCCCACAUGUCUUUCUUUCCCAGAUACAGACCCUACGUUCUUCCUCGUGGGUAGUGAGGAGGGCACUAUCUUCCCUUGCCAUCGAUAUGACCGCGCCGGCGCCAAGGCUGGUGUCGAUAAGAAGAUCAGCUACAAGGGACAUACUGCUCCCGUCAUGUCGGUGGACUUCCACCCUGCUAGGGGCCCUGUGGAUUUGGGCGAUCUGGUUAUAUCAUCAUCUUUGGAUUGGAGUGUCAAGCUUUGGAAGGUUCGAGCACCUGCAGCUACAUCAACGAUUGGAUCCGGCGACGGUACAAUUGCGCCUCUCAUCGACUUUGUUCGCGAAGAUGUUGUCUACGACGCCAAGUGGUCUCCUGUCAAGCCCAACAUUUUUGCUUUGGUUGACGGUGCUGGCUGGUUGGAGCUUUGGGAUAUUGCUGUUGAGACCGAGGAGCCCGUUUCAAAGAUCUCACCCAGCUCCCGAAAGGACGGUAGAACUAUGCUUUCAAAGAGUCUGAACAAGGUCGCAUGGGAGCCCAAUGAUGGAAAGCGCCUUGCCACUGGUGGCAUCGACGGCUCUCUGACGGUAUUCGAAGUUGCUAGUGGUCUUGGCGGUAAGGAGAGCUUGAAGAACGAGGACUGGGCGAAUGUGAAGAAGCUUGUGAACCGAUUGGAAGCAGUCGGCUCCAACGGUGCUUUGAUAGUUUAA